AUGAAUACGGCAAGAUCAUCAAAACGAAAAGCGAGUGUAUGUGGGGCUUCCACAAAACCAGCUAAGCAGACAAAGCUCAAUUUCAAUCCAGCAAACAAUGCAAACCAAAUAACUGUCAACUCCGCUAUCCUUGAGUUCAUUUGUGGCGCUUGCAUGCCUUUUUCCAUUGUUGAAAACCCGUCGUUUUGUUCGCUUAUUAAAACCUUGCAACCGAAUUGCACUGUGCCGACUCGCAAAACUGUGAAGUUAAAACUUGAUGGCAUGGCAAAGACAACAAAAGAAAAUCUCUGCAAAGAAUUCUUAAAUGUUACUCAUGUUGCAACAACAACGGACUGUUGGACAUCCAGCGCAAAGUCCUAUAUUGGUGUGACAGCGCACUGGUUCGGCAAAGAUCUUAAAAGGCAGUCGGCAGCUCUGGCUUGUAGACGCCUUCGUGGCAGCCAUUCGCAUGCUUUGUUGGCAAAUUCUCUUAACGAAAUUCAUUCAGAAUAUGGCAUUCGUUCAAAGGUUUGUCGUACGACGACUGACAAUGGUUCUAACUUCGUGAAAGCUUUUAAAGUGUUUUCUGGGACUGAGGCAAGUGAAACUGACGGAGUUGAUGAUGACGAUGACGAUGCAGACAAACUGAUGAUGAAGAUGAUA